AUGUCAGACCCCCAGGAUUCCAAGGGCAAGGCCCCUCAGCCCAACGAUGCGGAGCAAGCCGCGCCAGGUGGAAAGUUAACCCCGCAGGCGGCCGAGGCCCUUUUGGAAAACAAUCCCGCACUGAAGAACGAGCUGGGUGUGAUGGAUAAAGACAAAGCUGUGGAAGCUCUACGCAAGAUGGAUAUUUCUGAACUCUUGACUGGCCUUUCCUUGUCCGGGAAAAACAAGAAGGAUAUGGCAGCAUUCAAGUUCUGGCAGACCCAACCCGUACCCCGUUUCGAUGAAGCGGGCAGCGCUACCGGUGGACCGAUUAAGAUGAUUGACCCCGAGAAGGUAUCCAAAACGCCGGACCCAUUGGUCGAAGGGUUUGAGUGGGCCACGUUGGACCUGACGAAGGAAGACGAGCUUCGCGAGCUCUGGGACCUCCUUACAUACCACUACGUGGAAGAUGACAAUGCCAUGUUCCGGUUUAGAUACUCCAAAUCUUUCCUGCACUGGGCCCUGAUGUCCCCAGGCUGGCGCAAGGAAUGGCAUGUCGGUGUUCGUGCUACCAAGUCGCGCAAGCUCGUGGCUUCGAUCUGUGGUGUUCCAACUGAGGUUCGCGUGCGCGGGCAGAAGAUCAAGGUUACGGAGAUCAAUUUCCUUUGUAUUCACAAGAAGCUGCGCUCCAAGCGACUGGCACCCGUCCUCAUCAAGGAGAUCACCCGCCGUUGCUACCUGAACGGCAUCUACCAAGCUAUCUACACUGCCGGUGUUGUCCUACCGACCCCGGUGUCGUCCUGCAGAUACUACCAUCGCCCUCUGGACUGGCUGAAACUUUACGAAGUCGGCUUUUCUCCUCUCCCAGCGGGCUCUACCAAGGCUCGUCAAAUCACCAAGAACCACCUCCCUAGCAGCACGUCGACGCGCAAUCUUCGGCCCAUGGAGGCGAAGGAUAUUGAUGCUGUUCACGAUCUAUUGGAACGUUAUCUGAAGGAGUUCGAUCUCAACCAAGCCUUCAACCGUGAAGAAAUUGCCCACUGGCUGGUGUACAAGGAGAACCCUCAAAAGGAGCAAGUUAUUUGGUCGUACGUGGUUGAGGAUCCGGAGACUCACAGGAUCACGGAUUUCUUCUCUUUCUACAACCUCGAAUCAACUGUAAUCCAGCACCCGAAGCACGACUGUGUACGUGCGGCGUACCUCUAUUAUUAUGCGACCGAAGCGGCUUUCUCAAACGACAAAAAGGCCCUUAAGGACCGGCUUCAGAUGUUGAUGAGCGACGCUCUAGUCCUGGCUAAGAAGGCUCAAUUCGACGUAUUCAAUGCGCUCACCUCUCACCAUAACCCUCUCUUCCUAGAGCAACUCAAGUUUGGUGCUGGUGAUGGCCAACUUCACUUCUACCUAUACAACUACCGAACCCCAGCAAUUGCCGGGGGUGUCAACGAAAAGAACCUGCCAGACGAGAAGCAGAUGGGGGGUGUUGGUGUUGUUAUGCUGUAA